AUGCUAGGCAUCACCACUGUGUCCUACAGAUUUAACAUCAUGGGGGAAUACACUGAUAUUUUACAGGCCAAAAGGGGGAUUCGACAGGGUGAUCCUUUAUCACCUAUGCUCUUUGUCCUCAUAAUGGAAUACAUGAACAGGCUGUUGAUGAAAAUGCAAAGAGAUCCUAAUUUCAACUACCAUGCCAAGUGCGAGAAGCUGAAAAUCACCAACCUCACUUUUACAAAUGAUGUGCUGCUACUUUGUAGAGGAGAUGACAUAUCAAUGCAAAUGAUUUUAAAUUCUUUCAAAGAUUUCUCCAAUUCCGCAGGUUUGAUAAUGAACCCUAACAAGUGCAAAAUCUAUUUUGGAGGUUUGGAUAAUGAGAGCAGAAAGACUUUGGAAGAAUCCAUCAACCAUUUUAUGCCUUUGGUGGAUAAAAUUGUGGCUAGAAUCCAUCAUUGGUCCUCUAGAAUCCUAAGUUAUGCAGGAAGAAUACAUUUAGUGAAAAGUAUAUCUGCUGCAAUGGUGCAAUACUGGAUGCAAUACCUCCCUAUGCCCAAAUCUGUGAUCAGAAAAAUAGACUCCAUAUUUCGAAGCUUCAUCUGGACUAGUAAGGAUACGAUAAGUAGAAAAUGCCUCGUGGCAUGGAAAUGCACCUGCUGCCCGACUGCACAAGGGGGGGAUGAAUCUGCUGAAUCUUCAGGUAUGGAACAAUGUGCUGCUCCUGAAAUGUUUAUGGAAUAUGUGCAACAAAACUGA